AUAAUGCUUUGUGUGUAUGUGUGUGUUUUUGAUCUGAUGCUUGAUACAAUGUGAUACCAUUUAUUUGUAAUUGUAAGAAUUGGUGAGGUGAUUCAAUCACAUAGAUUGCAAACAUAGAAGAAAAGCCGCUGUGAGGAAUAAGGUUUGGUGGAAAGAAUAAAUGUUUCUUCCACUGAAAACUGCCCAAGCAGUGGUAUUAAAGCAUAAGGUAUGUUCAAGGUCCAAAACCUGUUGCAUUGAAAAUGAAGUAGCCUCUAAAAAAUUAUUCAGUUCUGAACAUUGAGCCAUUUAUGGAAUGUGUUAUGAUUCUUAAUUUCUUACGAUGUCUUCAAUGGUGAAACUUGAAAGCAACAGAUUGGGGAAGCAUGGUGAGGUUUUGAAUAUACCAGUUAAAUCUGAAAUGUCAAAAAAUGAAAUGCAAGUUUUCUUCCUUGCAAACACCUCUAAAAAGACACAAGUAAGACGAUAGGUAGACCACAUCUCUUCAUACUCUGUAUUAUGGUUGGUCUGACAUAUUUCCUAUUUACUGCAGCUGAAUGUUCAUUGCUGACAUCUUCAUUCUGAAUCAUCAGAGAUUCAGAACUUGCGGUCUAUUAAUGCAGCAAGGCAUUGUUAUUACCAUGGAUGAAGAUAAUGUGGAUUUUCGAAUUGUGAGACAGAUGAAUGAUGUUGACAAGAGAGAAGAAAUGCCUGUGACCAGCCGGCAAUGGAGGUAAAGACAGCCUGUGAACCAUCUUAUAUUUCUUCUCACUCUUUUGGGGACCACGCUCGUUAUUUUCUUGAAAGAGCUGACAGAGCCAAAUUUGUAGACAUCGAUGGCCAACCUAACAACAAAAUUCAAUCUCCCAAUCAUCUACCCGUGUUCGUCUCAUUUUCUUUUUUUAUAUCACUUUCUUCCUUCAUGGUUUUAGCUUUGAAAAUUACUCAAUCUCAUGCAUUAUCUAUUAUUAGGGACUGGCAAACGGGUCCAGUUCUUAGCUUCCAAAGUUCCAUUUUAAUUUGGACCACCUUUUUAGCUUAUUGGAAUGUGAUUACUAGCUUGAGGGACCUCUGUUGUUCUGAUAAUGUUAGCAUGAGAUGGCAGCUGCUUGAAUGUGGAAGUACUAGACAGAUAGGAUAGCUACUUUUCUAUUAAAUAGUACCAGGAACAUUAAAUAUCACGACUUUUGUGGAUGUCCUAUAGGAGGCUUUCUUGGUCAACAAAGGUAUCCCCAAUGGAAAUCUGAUACUUUUCUGGUUCAAGGAAAUCUGCUACUUUUCUCUCCUAGCAACGGUCCCUCCUCCAUGUACUGCCCCAUUACCUCUGAGGAAAAUAAUUUCAUCGGGUGAAA